GAGAGACUUCAGGUUGUAACUUGUGAUAAAACCAUCAGAUUUAGGAAAGGACAGAUGGAGAUAGACUCUUUCCAGUUUCUGCUCAGGGUGUGUUGGUGAUCAUCUGCAGCCAUGUGCGACCAGACAUUCGUGGCGGUCACUUUUGGCCCCUGUGAAAGCUGUGGGAAUGCCAGUCCUCUUAUGAACAUCUACAUUAAGAAUGACCCCAUCAACUACUGCUCCUUCUGUGUGGAAAUGAUGGCUUGUCAGGGGCUCCAGAAAGGGGAAAGCCUGACGACACUGAAGAGGGAGAGCGAGACCCUGAAGAAGAAGCUGGAAGAGGAGCGGGGCAAGCUCAACGACACCGAGUUGCACCAGGUGGCAGAGAAGGUUGAGGUGGUGGGCGCUCUCUCCAUUAAGACCAAACGUGUGCUGAAGGGUCAUGCAAACAAGGUGCUGUGUAUGGACUGGUGUAAAGACAAACGUCGUCUCGUCAGCUCUUCCCAGGAUGGAAAAGUGAUUGUCUGGGAUGCAUUCACUCUUAAUAAGGAACAUGGGGUGACCCUGCCAUGUACAUGGGUUAUGGCAUGUGCUUAUGCUCCCUCGGGCUGUGCUGUGGCUUGUGGCGGAUUGGAUAACAAGUGCUCAGUGUUCCCACUGUCACUGGACAAAAAUGAGAACUUGGCUGCAAAAAAGAAGUCUGUCGCCAUGCACACCAACUAUGUAUCAGGAUGCACAUUCGUCAACUCUGACAUGCAGCUCCUGACCUCCAGUGGUGACGGCACAUGUGCCUUGUGGGAUGUGGAGAGCGGGCAGCUGCUGCAGAGUUUCCAUGGUCACACAGCUGAUGUGUUGUCCCUGGACCUCGCCCCGUCUGAGACUGGAAACACUUUUGUCACUGGGGGCUGUGAUAAGAAGGCCAAUGUGUGGGACAUGCGCUCUGGACAGAACAUUCAGUCUUUUGAGAACCAUGAGUCUGAUAUCAACUGUGUCAAGUACUUCCCCAGUGGAGAUGCAUUUGCUUCCGCUUCUGACGAUGCCACAUGCCGUUUCUAUGACCUGCGAGCUGACCGUGAGGUAGCCGUUUACCAGAAAGACAGUGUCAUAUUUGGUGCUUCCACUGUGGACUUCUCCAUGAGUGGUCGCCUGCUUUUCGCUGGUUAUAAUGACUACACCAUCAAUGUGUGGGAUGUUCUGAAGGGAACUCGUGUCUCCGUCCUGUUUGGUCACGAGAACCGCAUCAGCAGAUUGAGAGUAUCCCCUGAUGGUACAGCGAUCUGCUCGGCUUCCUGGGACAACACCUUACGGAUUUGGGCCUAGAGUUUACAUCACAGUUGUGAUCCAGCGAAGACAGCACCAGCAUUACGUGACUGCCAAGUCUGCAAAUCCCUGCCUGAAAUCAACACUACUUCAUACAAACCUUCAGUGUGACAAACACAGAAGCACAAACACCUAAAAUUUCUCUUCUGAAUGAAAAUAUAUCACCGUAUCGUAACUGUAGGGUGGUUAUUCAUCAGGACAGACAGUUGGUCAAGUCUGGAUUCCUAAUCUUUGUUUUUGUUAGCUUCAUGACCGAUUAUGUAAUUGUUAUUGCUAAUAUAGUGGGAAAUAAUUGUGAGCAUAAAAAGCCAAAAUGACUUGUAUAAAUCAGCAGCAUGUGUCUGCUCUGCUAUGUCGACCUGCAGACAAUAUGAGUGAUUGUCUUUGUUAAUGAUAUACAUGAGUUCAUUGUCACCUGUCCUGCGAGACUCACACCUGAAGAUGUACAUGCUGUUAUUGUUGUUGUUACUCUGGCACUCUGCCAUAGAUAUUGUCAUGGUUAUCCAAAGGAAGACAACUGUCAAUAUAGCAGCAUAUUUUUCUUAUUUCAGUAUACAUACAGCUCAACAGCUUAGGUACAUUUCUUGUGAGGAA